AUGCUGAAUCAAACAUCAGUCACUGAAUUUCUUCUGCUGGGACUGACAGAUGUUCAAGAGCUGCAGCCUUUGCUCUUUGUGGUUUUCCUCACCAUCUACUUUGUCAAUAUAGCUGGGAAUGGAGCUAUCCUGGUGGUUGUCAUAAUUGAUCCAAAACUCCAUUCACCUAUGUAUUUCUUCCUGGGAAAUCUAUCCUGUCUAGAUAUCUGCUACUCCACAGUAACAAUGCCAAAGAUGCUGGAAGAUUUUGUUUCUACAAACAAAGCAAUAUCUUUUGUGGGAUGCAUAAGCCAACUUCAUUUCUUUCAUUUCCUGGGUAGCACAGAGGCCAUGUUGUUGGGUGUGAUGGCCCUUGACCGCUUUGUGGCUAUCUGCAAACCACUUCAUUACACUGUCAUCAUGAACCAUCAGCGCUGUACCCAGAUGGCUGUCACAGUGUGGACUAUUGGGUUUUUCCACGCUCUGUUACACUCCAUAAUGACCUCCAACUUGAACUUCUGUAGUUCCAACCAUAUUUAUCACUUCUUCUGUGAUAUUAAACCAUUGCUAAAAUUGGCUUGCGGGAACACUGAGCUCAACCAGUGGCUGCUCAAUACUGUCACAGGGACCAUUGCCAUGGGGCCUUUUUUCCUCAUACUUCUCUCUUAUUUUUACAUUAUCAUAUACCUUCUCAUCAAGACUCGUUCUUGCAGUAUGCUUCAAAGAGCAUUGUCCACGUGUGCUUCUCACUUCAUGGUAGUUUUUCUUCUCUAUGCUCCUGUUCUAUUCACUUAUAUUCGACCAGCCUCGGGCAGCUCCAUGGACCAGGACAGGAUCGUUGCCAUCAUGUAUACUGUGGUCACUCCUGUUUUAAACCCAUUGAUCUACACUUUGAGGAACAAGGAAGUAAAGAAGGCUUUGGUCAGGAAAAUAACUAAGGCUCAGUAA